CUGUCCCCACUGAGGCAUGAGUGUGGGAAGGGCCCACCACCACAGCUUCAUUUCCUGUGAAGAAGAAGGCCUGAGACUAAGUAACAUGCCUGCUGUGGGCAGCUUCGGCAAUGGCAAGAUCCACACGAGACGCAAAUACCACACUCGGUUUGUCAGCAAGGCUGGACAAUGCAACAUCCAUUUCUCAAACAUGGAUGAGAAGUCACAGCGGUACAUUUCUGAUAUUUUCACAACUUGUGUGGACAUUCGCUGGCGAUACAUGUUCCUGCUGUUUAGCCUGGUGUUUGUGGUGUCCUGGCUAACGUUCGGCUUGGGAUUCUGGCUCAUCGGCCACCUACAUGGUGACAUGGACCAUCCUGGAGGGGACGACAGUUUUGUUCCCUGUGUCAUGCAGGUCAACACCUUUGUGGCAGCUUUCCUGUUCUCCAUUGAGACCCAAACAACCAUCGGAUAUGGAUCUCGCUGUGUGACCGAGGAAUGCCCUGCUGCUGUCUUCAUGGUGGUCUUUCAGUCCAUCAUGGGCUGCAUCAUCGAUGCCUUCAUGAUUGGUGCAAUCAUGGCCAAGAUGGCAAGGCCCAAAAAGCGUGCAGAGACUCUACUGUUCAGCCACAAUGCCGUCAUCGCCAUGCGUGAUGGGAAGUUGUGCUUCAUGUUUAGGGUUGCAAAUCUAAGGAAAAGCCACAUAGUGGAGGCUCACGUCAGAGCCCAGCUGGUGAAGCCUCGUUACACAGAGGAAGGAGAGUAUAUCCCUCUGGAUCAGAUUGACAUGAAUGUAGGCUAUGACAAAGGCACAGACCGCCUGUUUCUGGUUGCACCCCUCACUGUCAUUCACGAGAUUGAUGAGGAAAGUCCACUAUUUGGCAUCAGCAAGCAAGAUCUGGAAACAUCGGACUUUGAGAUAGUAAUCAUACUUGAAGGUUUGGUUGAGGCCACAGCCAUGACGACGCAGGCACGCAGCUCUUACCUGCCCUCAGAGAUCCUUUGGGGUCAUCGCUUUGAGCCCCUCAUCUUCGAGGAGAAGAACCAGUACAGGAUAGAUUACGCCUACUUUCACAAAACAUUCGAAGUACCAUCCACCCCAAGAUGCAGUGCCAAGGACAUAGAGGAGAGAAAGUUCCCAACGUCUGGUGCCAACUCCUUCUGCUAUGAGAACGAGCUGGCCUUCAUCAGCAGGGAUGAGGAGGAGGAGGGAGACAUGGAGAAAGAGGAAGGCAGGAUGUGUUCAUCAGUGCAUACCACACCUAGACAUGAUCAAACGUCCUCCCGCAGAGAAUCUGAGAUUUAACCUUUGGCUAUUGCUUACCAGAACAUCAACAUUUUGUUCUUUUUGGAUGCAAGCAUCACGUGAUGUAUGAAGAGACCAAUGACUGUCAAACUACUGACAUGAGGACACCACUGAAGACUGCUCUGCUGCAGCUGGAGGAAAAGCAGAACCGAUCUCUGACAUACAAGCAACAAUGAAACUCAUCAGAUUUCUCAUUGGAAAAACUCCUUGCUUUUUGCUUCCCUGGGAUGGUUAUUGAGCUUUAUCAAAUGCAAACAAAAACUGUCAUGUUUCAAUUUGCAGAUGAUCCUAAUAAUAAUGUGCAUGACAAUAGCAUAGUUUUGUAUGAAUAUUUUGGAAAAUGUUGGAUAACUUUGAUGGGACUGUCUGUAUAGGUGCUGUUCACAGUCCUCAAAUAUACAGUUUAUAACGGAGUGUGGAGUGAAAUUGACACUUUGCAAUCGUUUAGAAAAGCAAACCUCGGGAAUAUUUCUCCGGAAUAAUUCUCCUUUUUCCAUCUGGAAAAAGUGUAGAUCAGCAGUGGAUUUUCAUCUUAAUGAUAUAACUUAUGUGAACAGUAAAACUCUAAAUGUUCUACAUUAUACAGUAUCAGUGGAUGACUUGGUUAGUCGGUAACCGAUAUACAUACAGGAUUGAUUGAGGUAGACUCAUAAACAUUUCGAUUAUAUAAAGGGAAAACAAACUUGAUGGUGCACGGUAUGCCAUUUAGGCAUACUAACAGGGAAAACUAUUCAUCUCUGUCUUAAUGUGUUAGCUAAUGGGAAACACUGGCAAUGUGGCUUUGAGAGAAUGUUAAUCAAAUAAGUAUUGAAUAAAUGCUCGUUAAGCCCCUUAGUUACUGUUGCUACCCCUGUCAAGCUUAAUGUUCUUGGACAGCAUAUGCACUUUAUAAUGAUAAUGGAAGCUGACCACUGAAAAUUUGGCUUUCAACUUGGUCGGCUGAAAUAACACAAGAUAGUCUCUCCUGGAAGGCAUUCACAAAAAGUGACAGAAAUACCAGUGUAACGAAUGAAAAGAGAGAGAAGUUUAAAUCCUGAUUACCUUACAACUUCAACACACAUGGCCAAUCACUGCAUGAGGUGAUGAAGACUUUCGGUUUCAUAAAGUUACACAAAUUAUUGGACACAGUUGACCCAUGUAAAAGACAUGGACAUAAAGAUAUAGCAUGUUAUUGUAGACCCACUAUUACAACUAUUAAAUGCUUUAGGAUAAGGACUAUCCAGGACCAGCUUCCACACACUGUAGAAAUACUUCAUGAUUAAUACACUGGUCUGAAUGAGGGUUUUGUUAAAAGUAAUCUGUAACCCCACACAAAAUGAUGUAGCUUGAAAUGUCACUGGCCUUGGAAGUAAUGCUGGGUUAGGUUAAUACUGUGGGUAGUAAGCUAGUCAGCCAGGCAUGCUAACACUUGCAGUUUACAUUAGAAUAAACACACUGUUUAAUCCAUUCCUUACACCUUUUCUUUUGUAUAUUUGGUUUUGGUGAGGGUUAGCUAGGCAACUGUAAUAUUUCUCUGACAUGUGGAGAAAUAUUAUAGUUGCCUAGCUAUGUUUGGACAAUCACUGUUUGGGCAAAGUGAUAUCAUGGGAUGACAUAAAUAGCAUGCCAUUUUAAGGAAAUUUUGCAUCAUGUCUACGCAUUUUAAGCUUUUCGCAUGUCAUUUAAUGCUGUUGGUUAGUUUUAGGCACAAUCAAAUGCGGAAAAAUGUCCUGACAUGGCGGUAAAAGUGUCCAGUUAAAAUGUCCCAAUGUGACGGUAAAAAUGUCCGGUUAGUGGUCUCGAGCAGUACUCUCCUGCUGCUUUUACAACUUUUUGCCUUUUUGCCUAACUAUCUAGCCAUCCACCCAACAUCCACCCAUCCCACCUCCUCCCCAAAAGCCAAAAUCACCUUAUAAAAGAAAAGAAAGAGACAUUAUAUUGACGUCAUCUGAAAUGUGUCACUUCCCCUGUCACUCAAACGUAACUAUAGGUCAUUUUUGGCAACUCUAAAUGGCGUGAAAUGACAUGCAAAAAGCAAAAAAAUGUGUAAUCAUAACAGGGGCUGGUCAGGGGCAGGUCUGGUGAACAGUCAACUGACUUUAGUUUGUCAAUUCUUCUCAGAUGUGGUCUGUAUUUCCCUUUAUAGGGAAAUAAAAACACAAUUGUACAUAAAGUCCGUAUUUCACAGUUGAGCCAUUUUCUCCUCAUAAAUGUGAUGCUGCAGGUCAAAAUGCAGUCAUGAUGGCCUGUGUAUAUAUAUAUACAAAAUGAGAAAUAACCAAAGACAAAUAAGAAGCAUUCAAAGUUAAACCCCCUCUGUGACCUCAGGACAUAAAAAUACAGCAACAACAGGAGAAUUUAAGUGAAACUCCUCACAUAUUGGUAAUCAAAGACUUAUUUUGGAAGGCCCCCACAGGCAGCAGAGGAGUCUAAUUAAAGUCAUCUGAAAUGAAACUGUCACAUCAAUGACCUGUGGGAGACUGAGUGGACUGUGUCACAUCUGUGCUCCAUAUUGAGUUUAAAGGCCAAAUUAAAAAAACAAAAAACAAAUAUUGACCAAAGAGAAGUCCUGACACACAUAUUUUCUACAGAUUUGA